AUGCGCGCAACAUGGAUAGUCUUGGUCAACUUUGGAGUGCUGGUAGCUAGCGCGCCCCUCAUGCAAAGUGACAGCCACACAGGCGCAUCAAAGGCACCAAUUGUUCCCGUCAUGCAUUUAACACCAGAACAGCUUGAACAAUUCAAGAGCGCCAAUACAAACAAUAUGGAAUUCAGUAUGGCCCAAGCUCAAACGCAAAAUAGCCCCAUCAAAACUGACCCAGGCAUCACAUUUGACCUUGAAGACGCCAUCAUGGUGGAACCGCUGGAUGAGUAUAGAGAACGUAACGGUGAUGAUGAUUAA